AUGGCAGAUAUCAAAGAAAUGAGAUUGUUCUCAGCUGAACAAAUUUCAGUCCCUGAGGAGCUACCACUAAUUUUGAAGAAUUACUCAAAAGAAGUCAUAAGAAACAACCCAGCUGAUAUCAUUGCGUUUUCUGCGAGAUAUUUUGAGACUUUAAGAGAAGAGCAGAAAAAACAUGUAGAUACCAUUUCAAGACCUAACUCCCCCUCCCUCCGUGAGUGAACAAAACCAUUAGAAAAAUCCCUAUUUUUUGCCCAAAAACCCACCCUCCGUGAGUGAACAAAAAUGUUUUUAAUAGAAAAUUUUUUUAUGGAAAAAAUUUUUGAUAUAUAAAUGAUAAUUAGUAUAAUGAAAUCUAGAGCUAAUUCUGUUUAAUUUUAAACGAAUUGCGUUUUAAAACAUAAAUUUUAUAAAUUAAAUAAUAUUUGCUUUCCAUUUUUGCGAAUUAGGAUUUUUUUAAAUUUCGAAAAAAAAAUUUUUUUUAUAUAAUUUAUAUAUAAAUUGUUUUAAAAAAAAAAAAUUAACCCCCCUCCGUAAGUGAACAAAAGUUUUUUGUUCACUCACAGAGGGGGGGAGUAAGUAA